UUAAAAUGUCAGACGUGGAGGAUUGGGAGUAAUACGCUGAAGAAGAAUAAGAAGUGAAGUAAGAAGUGAAGUAAGUAAAUAUGAUAGUUGAUAAUAACCCAUAAUAAGGUUAAAAUAAAUAUAAGGAAUCAGAAGUAUAAUCAAAAGAAUAAGAUAUGAAUAAUGUGUUUGAUUUAUUUGGAGGAGACAAACCAGUUAAAAAGAAUAUAGGAUAAGCAGAUUUGAAGAAAAUUGGUGAGAAUUUUGCAGCUGCUUUGUAAAAUGUUGGUCCAAAUUAUUCAACUGAAUUCUUGAAAACAUUAAUAACAAAAUUGGAAGGAAAACUAUAAUUGAAUCAUUUUGAAGAAUUAUUCAAGGUUGUAGAAGAGAUUUAUAUAAAAAAAAGAAAACAAUUUGAAGCAGAGGAAGCAAUUAAAAAAAAGAGUCAAUUGCAAGGUGCACCUAAAGGAGUUUCAUUUGGAAAGACUAAAAAUAUAGUAGAGGAUGAAGAAGAUGAUUUUGAUAAUUUAGAUGAUGAUGAUGAUGAAUUCAUGUGAUAAAU